AUGAGCGACGAUGGCGACCGCACCUGCCCGCUCUGUGCCGAGGAGAUGGACAUCACUGACCAGCAGCUCAAGCCAUGUAAAUGCGGCUACGAUAUUUGUGUUUGGUGCUGGCACCACAUCAUAGACAUGGCUGAGAAGGAGGAAACAGAGGGCCGCUGCCCUGCAUGCCGCACACGCUAUGACAAGGACAGGAUCGUCAAGAUGGCUGCCACUUGUGACAGGACGGUGGCAGAGAAAAAUGCAGAGAAGAAGCACAAGACCCAAAAGGUUAAGCCAAAGGCAGCACCACCAACAACAGCAAUGUCAACCGUAGAAUCUAAGAAGCAUCUGGCUAGUGUCAGGGUCAUCCAGAGAAAUCUGGUGUACAUAAUUGGGCUACCUGCGCAUUUAUGCAACGAGAGCGUACUUGAGCGCAGGGAAUACUUUGGUCAAUAUGGGAAAGUUUUGAAGACAUGUGGGAAUCCAGAUUGUCUCUAUUUGCAUGAUGUAGGCAGUCAGGAGGAUAGUUUUACUAAAGAUGAGAUCAUCUCAGCAUAUACGAGGACUAGAGUCCCCCAGAUGGCAUCUAGUGUUUCACAAAGACGUACAGGCACUGUGUUGCCCCCUCCAGGAGAUGAUUUCUCUUACAGUGCGGUGGUUUCAGCCAAGCAUACAUUCAAGAAUGGAACACUUAAUGCCACCAACCAGCCCAGACUUUCACCUCCAAACAGUAGCUCUGGGAGGUCCACACUUCCACCAGCUGCCUCAUGGGGGCAGCGUGAUUUGAAUGCCAGGACAACAGCUACUGGGGCGACAUCAUCACAAUCUCAUACAAAACCUAAAUCAGAAUCACAGAGUAAUCCAUUUUCAAGUUCUUCAGUAAUUUCCAGUACGAAAACACCCUCUUCGUGGAAUGAUGAUACAAGUACAGCAACAAAAAUGUCUGAAGGACAGCAAGUGUCAGAAAAAGAGUCUAAAACCUUGCAGCCGUAUAAGCCUGGUAUUUCAAAGGAAACACAAGCUCUAUCAUCACUGGAGUCAUCACUGGACAUAGAUUUCUCGACAAUACCUUCAGCUUGGAAUGACGAUGACAUUGUAGUAUCAGAUGGGAUGUCAAAAGGAAGCGAUGAAAAUCAAGUUGCAAAUGAAAAUGGCGAGCUAACCCAUCCAGCAUCUAAGCCACUGGUUUUAUCUAAGAAAGACAUAACAAUGAACAACAUUACCAGCAAAAGUCCUUCAGAUUUUGUAUCAAGUCUAGCAAUAUCUAAAUCAGAUGCAAGUACGAGUGAUGGUGACCACUCACUUACCAAUAUUACUCCUAAAAGCCUUACAUCAAAUGCUGUAGACUGCCAAUCUAGUCGUGCUGAUGGGGAGAAAAUAUUGGAGGAUAUUGGAUCCAGGAACACUGACAUGGAGAAGCUAUCUGCUCAGAUAUCUUCAGUAAAAUUAGGUGGCAACAAUGAUAUUCAGAGUAUGGCAGGAAAUCAGCAAUCAGAUGUAAUGCCAUGCACAUCUCUUGAUGUGCCCAUGGAUCAGAAUUUUGACAAAGACCAAUCUCAUCUCAAUCUUGAUGAGCUCUUCUUACCUUCAGAAAAUAAGGAUACUAUUCUUUCUUGUCAAUAUAGUUCUGAUAAGCGUCUUGAUUGGAGUUCAGAGCUGCAAAAUUGUAGUGUGACUCCUUUAAAUGAUAUAGUAGAUUCUACAAUGCUCACUGACAAACUUCACAGUAUACUACUGGAUGGUUCAAAGCAACCAUCAUAUUCGUCAUUUGCCCAAUUUCCUAGUACAUUGGAUAAUUCAUUGUGGAAUGAUACAGAAAGUAACCCUGCAUUGACGAUUGGCACUAGAGCUUCUUCACAGACGGGGUUUUCUUCAAUAAAUAACACUUAUGUCUUGCCAAAUGGAGGUCAAGAUGGGCUAGGGACUGUAUAUACACAUGGUAAUGUUUCUGGACAUCCUGGAAUAGGAAGUCAUCAGCAUAGAGCAAUGGGUUCAGAUAGUAUAGGAAGUUUUGACAAGACCAUAAGCGUAAAUAAGGAUGAGAGCAGAAUAAUUUCUGAUAUGUUGUCGUCAGAGUUUAAUCCGUGGGAUGAUUCAUAUUCGACUGCUAACAAUUUUGUUAGGAUGCUUAGGGAAUCUGAAAAUAAUGAUGUCCAUUUCACUGCGCCUUCAUGGAAAUCAGGAACUGGGAGCAAAGAGUCCAGAUUUUCAUUUGCUAGACAGGAUAACCAAGGAAACUUGUUAGAUUCAUCUCUCAGAAACUGUGGUACUGGUACUGAGCAGAAUUUGAGUUUGCUGCCCCAGAAUUCUCGAGGAAAUAUUUACCAGAAUGGCCUUGCAUUCCAAUAUCUAGAAAAUGAUUUUUCCAAUAGCAACUCUCUUGGUGUAUUAGACAUGGCAACUGCUGGUACAUCGAGAUCUAAAAUAUCUGCCCCCCCAGGAUUUUCAGCACCAGCAAGAGUCCCCCCUCCUGGAUUUUCUUCUGCAUUUCCAUCCCAGGAUAGUUUGAACCCCACUCCUGGGUUUCCUUCUAGAAUUUCGUCUCAUGAUGGGUCUAUCCCCCUUCCUAGAUUCCCUUCUGCAUUUUCUCCUGGAAUUUCAGCUCAGGAAGUGUCUAAGCCCCCUACUAGACUGCCUUCUCCAUUUUCUUCUGGAUUUUCAUCUCAGGAUGGACCUAAUACCUCUUCUAGGUUUCCUCCUGCAUUUUCUUCUGGACUUCCAUCACAGGAUGGCCCUAAUCCCCCUUCUAGAUUUCCUUCUGCAUUUUCUUCUGGAUUUUCAUCACAGGAUGGGUCUAAUCAAUCAUAUGGCUCAACAUACCAAGACAAUCUUCUCCGGGAUACUGUUUUGGGUGGCCACAGUAAUCAUUACCAAUCUCAGUUUGGAAGGCAUGCAAGUGAUAUGGAGUUUGAUGAUCCUGCUAUAUUAGCUGUGGGCAAAGGGCUGAUGCCUGGAAUUGGCGAUUCAGGGCUGGAGAUGAAAAAUACUCCUGCUUUUCAAGCACAGUUGCAACCAGCAAGUAGUGAUUCAAGGUUUCAGUUGCAUAUACAGCCAAAUGUGCAGUCUCAUCAAAACCUGAGAUUCACAGACCCUAUGCAGGAUGGCUUGAACCAUAUGAAUGAUAAUUACCUGGCAUCCAGAUUUUUAGCUCAGAACCAUGGUCCUAUAUCCCCUUAUGCGCAGAUUCCGCAACAACCCAGAAACUCGCAGCUUACAAGUGGUCACUGGGAUGGGUGGAGUGAUUCAAGACAAGGGAAUAGCACCACAAUGUCAGACAUGUCGAGGAUGUUAUAUCCAAGUGACGUGAACAAGUUGCACAGGCUGGGUUCAAAUGAUAUCUAUAAUAGAGCCUUUGGAAUGUGA